AUGUUGCCGCCCGCAGAGGCACAGCAUCGGAAGCGAAGGGAAGAGUGUCUGCAUUUGAGCAACAAUACCUAUCGUGCCUCGGCCAAUGCGGAACCUGAUCCGAUCUGGCCCAAAUCAACGGUCAAGUCUCCGUCCGUUGCCGCCGAACCCAUUACCGCUAAGCCCAUUGCCGUUAAGCCCGUUGCCGCUAAGCCCGGUGCCGCUAAGCCCGGUGCCGCUAAGCCCGGUGCCGCUGAGCCCGGUGCCGCUAAGCCCGGUGCCGCUAAGCUUGGUGCCGUUGAGCCCGGUACCGCUAAGCCCGGUGCCGCUGAGCCCGGUGCCGCUAAACUUGGUACCGCUGAGCCCGGUACCGCUAAGCCUAUUACCACUAAGCCCGUUGCCGCUGAGCCCGUUACCGCUAAACCCGUUACCACUAAGCCCGGUACUACUGAGCCCGUUACUACUAAGCCCGUUACUACUAAGCCCUACGCGCAAGAACCAGCGCCUGCCCUCUUCUUACCUUUAAAACUACAAAAGUAA